CAAAUAGUAUAAAAUCAAAUACAAAACGAUCUUUUUUCAGUCUAUAUUAGCACUGCUUUACCCCGCGUCCUAUAUUCCUUAAAAGCAGCCCAGUCCCCUCCCCGGAACUGCAGCAUCGUGCUCCUUUCCAAUGUCCCCACCAGCUGUCUUCGAUAUGAUUGUGGUCGGCUCGGGAGGUGGCCCAGACGAGACUAAUUUAUCCUCAUAUCUCCUCAAACGCGCUGGGACUUGUUGGGAGGAUGGCAUUAUCGCCGUGGAAGCUGGUUCAGGCCCAGGAGCACUUAGUCGUCUUCUCCUUCAAAAUCCCGCUCUUUUCGACGAACCCUGCUCUGCUGCAGAUAUUUAUUCAUAUGUCAGAUGCUAUUUAUUGAGCCAUGCUCACCUGGAUCACAUCAACGGUCUCGUUAUAUCUGCCGGCUCACUGGGCGGUCCUCGGAAACGUGUUUAUGGCAUCAAGAAGGUGUUGCAAGAUCUCGAGUCUGUAUUCUCAGAUCGUUUAUGGCCCAACCUUGCGUCUUGGGAUGAAGAGGAUGCCGACUACAAGUUACUCUACUCGACUCUGUACUCAGAUGGCAGAUACCAACCGAUACCCCCUGAUGUUUCCGUCCAAACUAUGCUACUCAAUCAUGGUGCCAAUGAGUCUGGACCGUACGAAUCCGCAGCUUUCUUCAUUCGUGAUGAUCCCUCUGAAAGAGAGUUCAUCUUCUUCGGCGACGUAGAACCAGACUCUCUCUCUCCCAAACCCCGGACUAGGGACGUCUGGCGUCUUGCAGCCCCUAAGAUCCCAAACAAGUUGUCCACCAUCUUCAUUGAAUGUUCUUGGCCCUCAGAACGUCCUGAUGACCUGUUGUUCGGUCACCUCAACCCCCAGCAUCUCAAAUCCGAACUCAGGGCUUUAGCCACGGAAGUUCAUAAUCAUAAGCAUAGCAACAAAUCCCGAAAGUCAGCCAAACCUCAGCGAAAACGUCAAAAACGUAAUCCGAUUUCAGAUGCUGAAUUGCGAGGAAUAUUGACCGGCCUUCGCAUCUAUAUCAUUCAUUGCAAGGAUAGACUGGAUUCCGUCGGUCCAGAUAGCCGCCCAAUGCGAGAUAUCAUCCUAGAGCAAGUUAAAUCAGAGUUAGAUCCUCUCAAGCUUGGAGUUGAGAUACUGGCUGCUUUUCCCGGAAUGCACAUCCGCAUCCACUAGCAAGCUCUGAACUGCCCUCUUCGCUUUUCGUCCUGCUUUCACCCGAAGAUCUUGAUGGAUGAUUUCGUUAACCCCAUAUCUUUGUUCGUUAAAUUAUUUCUCUUAAGAUACAUAGCUCCUGGACAGAUGUUCUCACACCGUCAUUACCUGUCACGACUGUAUACAUAGCGCACUGAUGUAGCCAUAGCUUUCUCUUUAUACUUCAAUCCACU